UGUCAUUAUCAUAUGUCAGUUUAGUUUGUAUUGCUGUUGGUGUAUGUAUAGUAAUUUAAUAAAUAGAAUGUCAGGAUCUAAAAAGAUGACGCUGCGGGUGCAGUCGCCAGAGGGCACGUCGCGCAUCGAAGUGCUGGACACAGAUGUGACGUCGCGCCUGUAUGAACGAGUCUAUGAAGUCUUACGCCUUAAUACUUUUGGCUUUUCCCUGUACCGUGACCGACAACGCAAAGAGGAAAUUGUCUCGAGCAAAUCACAUCAACUUCGUGAAUACGGUUUACAGCAUGGCGACAUGUUGUACAUGAACCCGGUAAAUGGGGCAGUGUUGUUUGAGCAGCCAUCCACUAGUGCAGAGGACAAUAACAAACCUUCGGGGGAGCAGAAUAGUGCGGGUAUGUCUGCCCCGAGUGCACCCGCAUCGGCCCCCAAGCCUGAAGAAGAUGAAGUGGAUCUAGAGCUCUAUCAGCUCUCCGGCGCCAUACAAAGACAGAGAGAUGACAAAUUAUGUCGACACAACUCAAAGGGGUGCUGCGUGCAUUGCUCGCCGCUGGAGCCCUGGGACGAGGGCUACCUACGGGAGCACAACAUCAAGCACAUGUCCUUCCACGCGUACCUGCGCAAGAUCACCUCGGGAAAAUUCAUUUCUUUGGAUGAACUGUCGUGCAAAAUAAAACCAGGCUGCAAGGAGCACCCGCCGUGGCCGCGCGGCAUCUGCUCGGCGUGCCAGCCCGGCGCCGUCACGCUCAACCGCCAGCCCUACCGCCACGUGGACAACGUGCUGUUCCAGCGCGCCGGCCUGGUGGAGCGCCUGCUGGCCUACUGGCGCGCCACCGGCCGCCAGCGCCUCGCCUUCCUCUACGGCCGCUACGAGCGACAUCCCGACGUGCCGCUCGGUGCGUGUCUCAUAGCAACCAUAGUCUACUUCUCCCAAUACAUUCCUUUUUUACUAUUACAAAUACUGUUAAGUCGGAAAACGGCGUCGCAAAUAACUUGAGAUUUAUAAUUGAUUUUUUUUAAAAUAAAAGACUGGUUGUGUAAAAACUGUAAGAGAUUUAGAUAAAUAUGCCAUCGCUAUCAAUUUAGUAGCUUUUUUUUUAAUCUACAAUUCUCUCAUACUACAUUUUUAUGUCUCUUAAUUACAGAAGGCAAAAAAGGAACAUUUGGAGGGGUACAAAAAUUCAGUGCUAUACUAAUGAAAUAUAAAUACCAACCUGAAUUAAUUAUGUAAAUAGUGGUGAAAACCGUGUUUUAAUUAAUUUUGCGAUUUAGGAGAGCAGAAUGCAAUAAUAGAUAUAGCGGGCCGCACCAGGCCGCACCAGGCCGCGGCACACUGCAUGUAUCGCAAAGGCCUCGAUUAAUAAUAAUUAACUUUCGAGUCAAGCAUAAUUGCAAGCCGUGGGUAGUGCCGGCAG